UAUUUUAAUCAUGCUUUAAAACCUGCUAUAUUAAGUAUCUUUUGGGCCAUUUUCGGUCUACAAAUUAGUUUAUGACUCAAUGGUAAAAAAAAAUGCAUUACAGUAUAUGGCUGCAGGUUAGAACGAAUUCGUUUCAGUUCGGUUGAAUGUACAGUGUAGUAAAAAUAGGCUAGUAAAUGCCACGAUUAUGUAAUACACAGUAGGCCUACUGUAAACAAAAAUAAUCGUAAAAUCGGAAGUGAAUCGAACUUGUCCUUUCACAACUACAAUGCAUUGAUCCCACGAGAAUAAACCUGUGUGGAAUUGCGUCAAUCACGAGUAGGCUAUGUUUUGGCUUUUAGCGGAUGCAUUUCCCGCGUGCAUUAGAUCUGAAAGCAUUCAUAGUUUCCUCUGCAGAGAUUUUUGAGGUCAUAUGUGUCUUAAUCCGUCUUUUCCUCCAGCCGUACAGACAGCUGUGGGAAAGGCGUGUAUGUCCACCGCUGAUGCCAUGUGGUCAAAGCAGCUGUGCAGCUGAUAACCAAUGACAGGCAGAAGACGCCGCGCGGAGCUGCUGCAUGCGUCGCGUCGCGCCGCGCUGAUAUUUAAACCAUCCACACAUCGCGCAUGCCAGAGAUGCGAGCUGCAGCGAUUUCUGCGCCGAGAGCGGAAAGAUGCUGCCUUCCCCGAGUCACCGAGUUCAUGGAUUAAGCUGGAUUUCAGGACACACCUGUAGAUUUCUCACCUGCUCUGCAUAAUGCCUUACCUGAGACAGUUCCUGAUUUUAGUGCUCUUCCUGGGCUCGUUUGGGGAAUGCCGUUAUAAACAUACCGCGCGAGAGAGGAGGUGGACAGGAGCUGUGGAAACUCAGAAGCACGGGACCUCACUGGCAAAGAAGCCACCGGAUGUGACAAAAUCACGGCGACUGAAAACAGAGCAGUUGUUGAAAGUGGAUGACCAUGACUUCACCAUGAGGCCCGCGUUUGGAGGUCCUGCUAUUCCUGUGGGAGUUGAUGUACAAGUGGAAAGCUUGGACAGUAUUUCAGAAGUUGACAUGGACUUUACUAUGACAUUAUACCUGAGACACUACUGGAAGGAUGAGCGCUUGUCUUUCACCAGCACUACAAAUAAAAGCAUGACUUUCGACGGGCGCUUGGUGAAAAAGAUCUGGGUUCCUGACGUCUUCUUCGUCCACUCUAAAAGAUCUUUUAUUCAUGACACCACCACAGAAAAUAUCAUGCUGAGAGUGUUCCCUGAUGGUCACGUUCUUUACAGCCUGAGGGUCACGGUUACAGCAGCCUGCAACAUGGACUUCAGCCGUUUCCCGCUGGAUUCACAGUCCUGCUCUUUGGAGUUGGAAAGCUACGCCUACACAGAUGAGGAUCUGAUGCUGUACUGGAAAAGUGGAGAUGAGUCUUUGAGUAUAGAUGAGAAAAUCUCUCUCUCUCAGUUCCUCAUUCAGAAGUUUCACACUACCUCUCGGCUGGCUUUCUACAGCAGCACAGGAUGGUACAACCGCCUGUAUAUAAACUUUACGCUUCGCCGCCACAUCUUUUUCUUCCUGCUGCAGACUUAUUUCCCAGCCACACUUAUGGUUAUGUUGUCAUGGGUGUCAUUUUGGAUUGAUCGCAGGGCUGUUCCAGCCAGAGUUUCAUUAGGUAUCACCACGGUGCUCACCAUGUCCACCAUCAUCACUGGGGUGAACGCCUCCAUGCCCAGAGUCUCCUACAUCAAAGCUGUGGACAUUUACCUGUGGGUCAGUUUUGUGUUUGUGUUUCUGUCCGUCUUGGAGUAUGCAGCAGUCAACUAUCUGACCACGGUCCAGGAGAGGAGAGAGCGUAAGCUCAGAGAUCGAGCAGUUAGAGAGCAGUCAUUGCCCUGCACCUGCGGUAUGUCCCACACCAGGACCAUGAUGUUAGAUGGGACCUACAGUGAGGCUGACACCAACAGUUUGGCUGGCUACACAGAAGCUCCCAUGGUUCUUGAGGAUAUGAUGCCAGAGAAACAGGAGCACAUGGUGGUGCACCUGUCAAUGAGCAGCGAGUCCACCACCACCAAGAAAAAGGGCAUCCGCGCCUUACGCAUUAUGCAGAACACGCAUGCCAUUGAUAAGUACUCCCGCAUGAUCUUCCCUGGAGCCUAUAUUUUUAAUCUUAUUUAUUGGUCGGUGUAUUGCUGAUCAUUCUCCAGCUACAUCCAUCUUUUACUCUUUUUUGGACUUAUGGAGGUUUUAUACAACCGUCCUUGACUUUUUGAUGCACAUCAGACAUUGGCUCAUGUGAUACCAAAUUGCAGUUACCUUUGUCACUUCAUGCACAAAAAGACUGAGAGAAAGAGGGUUGUCUGUGUCAGUUGAGUGCUUCAUGUAAGCCUUUUCUGGUUUAUGACAAAUUAACUGUAAAACACUUAUCAGACAUUGUAUGGGCUUAUGUGUUUUUUCUUCAUGUUUGCGUCAUUGGACUAUUAAGUAUUGCAAGGAAGUCUGGUGUUAUCUUCUCUUUU